GAUUCAUUCAAAUCUGCCGGUGCUAUAAAAAGAGGGGAAGUUGCAAGUAACCCAACUUCAACCCACAAGAUCGUGGCACAGCAUAAGACCAGGGUAGUUAUUCAAGGUGAUAAUGAAUAAAGCUAUUAAAAAUGCAAUAGUCUGUCUAGUCCUGCUGCCUCGUUUUCUAAUGGCAGCAGUCAUGUUCUGGCUGCUUGACUUUCUAUGCAUAAGGAGAAGGGUUUUCUUCAGGAUGAAGGAGCAGGAGGGAGAUGCCAUCGACCCUCCUCUCUGCAUAUCCGACUCCAAUCGUCUCUUCAGCCUGGAGUCCCUCAAGGCUGUGUGGCACGGCCAUAAGCUGGACUUUCUGAAGGCAGCUCAUCUCGGUCACGGAGCUCCCAACACUGAAGUUGUCCAGCUGGAGGAUCAGCAGCAUCGCAGCAGCCACAUCCUCGAUUACGCAAAAGACAAAAGACCUCUCAUCCUCAACUUUGGGAGCUGCACCUGACCACCGUUCAUGGCUCGUCUGAAGGCUUUCCAGGGAGUCGUGCAGCAGAACGGAGACAUAGCAGACUCUGUGGUGGUGUACAUCGAGGAAGCACACCCUUCCGACGGCUGGAUGAGCACUGAUGCUCCCUAUCAGAUCCCCAGACACCGGUGUCUGCAGGACAGGCUGGAGGCUGCACAGCUGAUGCACCUGGAGAUGCCCGGUUGUCCUGUCGUGGUGGACACUAUGGAGAACUCCUCCAAUGCUGCAUACGGAGCCUAUUUCGACAGACUUUACAUCCUGCAGGAGGGGAAUGUGGUGUACCAGGGAGGCAGAGGACCUGAGGGGUAUCGGAUCACAGAGCUCAGAGACUGGCUCGAUCAAUACAGAGCAACGCUGCAGAAACCCAGCAAUCCAGUUAUUAAUGUGUAGAUUCUUAUAUUUGUAUAGCUGCACUCACAGGAAAUAUUUAACCCUAACUUUUAAGAUUUAUGUAAUUUAAUUAAUAACAAAGUUCCAUUUGAUUUUUUAAAUAUUUUGAACAUAAACCUAUAAUAAACUUUACAUGAUCCAUAUGCAUCAGUGUAAUAAAGCCUAUUCAUUUGAAAUGCAUAUUCCUAUGCUAUGAUGAAAAUGCUGCGUUUUUCAGUAUUAUAACUCCAAUUAGAUCUGCGUCAAUAAUGGUUUAAGUAUUUAUUUUUAAUCAGUUCAAUAGGAUGCACUAGACUAGGAGGCUCCUUUUAUGUCAUAUUGGAAAAUCCAGACGUCCUGCUACAAAAAAAGGUUUGUUUGCACCUUGAUUGUUUGUGAAAGAAAAUGAUUUUGUGUGUGAA